CACUAAACCAUGCACAGUUGUACUCACCACGGUGGGGUCAAUUCCAUUUCAGUUCAGUCAAAUCAGGAAGAUGAGGACAGGGCUAUGGGCCACAGGCCCCUGGGCAGCAGGGCUAAGAGGAGAGAGUCCCCUCCCAGAGAGUAUGUGGAUGAGGAAGGGGUGCGUUACGUCCCUGUCAGGCCGCGCCCACCUGUCACUCUGCUGCGUCACUAUAGGAACCCCUGGAAGGCAGCCUAUCACCACUUCCAGAGGUACAGCGACAUCCGGAUCAAAGAGGAGAAGGAGUCGUUACAGGAAGUGGCCAAUCAGAGAGGAGUAGCACGGCGAGCUCAGGGAUGGAAGAUGCACUUGUGUGUUGCUCAGCUCAUGCAGCUGUCGAACCUGGAGCAUGAUGUGUAUAGCAGACUGACUUCCCUUCAGGAGGGGCUAAUCCCUAAGAAGAGGGCCGGGGUCGACGACGAGCUGCACCGCAUUAACGAACUCAUACAGGGUAACAUACAGCGUUGUAAGCUAGUGAUGGACCAGGUUACAGAGGCCCGGGACACUAUGAUGAAGGUUCUGGACCACAAAGACAAGGUCCUGAAGCUGCUCAACCAGAACGGAGCUGUCAAAAAGUCUAACAAACUGAAACGUAAGGAUCGGGCCUAGCCUGGACUUCCUGUUCCGUCACCCAGGUCAUGGAUCUGUUACAGCAUGCGAUGUGUUUUAAAACCUUUUUGCAACGGAAGAAGAAAAUGUAAACGUUUCUCAGUGGAUAAGUCAAGGGGGUAGUCCCUCCCUGUUUUGUGUGUUUUUCGUUGUUGUUGCUGCUUACGUGCCUAAUGAACACGACCCACUCUGCCCUGCCCGAACGGGAGGACAGGGUGGGAAGAGCUGCUGGGAGCUAGAGGUGGAACUGUUGGUACUAUGACAGCUACUCACCCCACACCCUCUUAUCUCUGUCUGAGCACUGAAGCUGGGUGGACAACAUAACUAGAACCCUCCUGUUGCUUCAGUCAGAGCUCACUGUCUGACGGGAAUCCCUCUAGGAAUAUGUUCUCACUGAAGAAGACUCAACACUCUGUCUGCCAAAUGGUGCCCUAUUCCCUAUAUAGUGCACUACUAUUGACUAGAGCCCAAUGGAACCCUAUAUAGUGCACUACUAUUGACUAGAGCCCAAUGGAACCCUAUAUAGUGCACUACUAUUGACCAGA